AUAAAAUCGCGGCGAACAGGGUCCCUCUCGCCGGUCUCGGUUUAGUCCGACUGCCAGGUCAGCCAGGUCCCGCGCCCCCAGCAGCAUCGCAUACCGGAGCCAUGGCCCAGGAGCUGUACCACGAGGAGUUCGCCCGGGCGGGCAAGCAGGCGGGGCUGCAGGUCUGGAGGAUCGAGAAGCUGGAGCUGGUGCCGGUGCCCGAGAGCGCGUACGGCGACUUCUACGUCGGGGAUGCCUACCUGGUGCUGCACACCGCCAAGGCCAGCCGAGGCUUCACCUACCGCCUGCACUUCUGGCUCGGAAAGGAGUGUUCCCAGGAUGAAAGCACGGCCGCUGCCAUCUUCACUGUUCAGAUGGAUGACUACUUGGGUGGUAAGCCAGUGCAGAACAGAGAACUUCAAGGCUAUGAAUCUACCGAUUUUGUGGGCUAUUUCAAAGGAGGUCUGAAAUACAAGGCUGGAGGUGUGGCAUCUGGACUAAAUCAUGUUCUCACCAACGACCUGACGGCCAGGAGGCUCCUACAUGUGAAGGGUCGGAGAGUGGUCAGGGCCACAGAAGUUCCCCUCAGCUGGGACAGUUUCAACAAGGGCGACUGCUUCAUCAUCGACCUUGGCACUGAAAUUUACCAGUGGUGUGGUUCCUCAUGCAACAAAUAUGAACGGCUGAAGGCAAGCCAGGUGGCCAUUGGCAUUCGGGACAAUGAAAGGAAAGGAAGAUCUAAACUAAUCGUGGUGGAGGAAGGUAGUGAACCAUCAGAGCUUAUUGAGGUUUUAGGGAAAAUGCCUGAUCUUCCGGACGGAGAAGAUGAUGACGACACCAUAGCUGACAUAAGUAACAGGAAAAUGGCUAAACUCUACAUGGUUUCAGAUGCAAGUGGAUCCAUGACGGUGACUGUGGUGGCCGAGGAAAACCCCUUCUCCAUGGCAAUGCUCCUUUCUGAAGAAUGCUUUAUUUUGGACCAUGGUGCUGCAAAACAAAUUUUCGUAUGGAAAGGUAAAGAUGCUAAUCCCCAGGAAAGGAAGGCUGCUAUGAAGACAGCGGAAGAAUUCCUAGAGAGAAUGAAUUAUUCCACCAAUACCCAAAUUCAGGUUCUUCCAGAAGGAGGUGAAACACCAAUCUUCAAACAGUUCUUUAAGGACUGGAGAGAUAAAGAUCAGAGUCAUGGCUUUGGGAAAGUAUAUGUCACAGAGAAAGUGGCUCGAAUAAAACAAAUUCCAUUUGAUGCUUCAAAAUUACACAGCUCUCCGCAGAUGGCAGCCCAGCACAAUAUGGUGGACGACGGUUCUGGCAAAGUGGAGAUUUGGCGUGUAGAAAGCACUGGUAGGAUCCCAAUUGACAGUAACUCAUAUGGUGAAUUCUAUGGUGGUGACUGCUACAUUAUCCUCUACACUUACUCCAGAGGGCAGAUUAUCUACACAUGGCAAGGAGCAAAUGCCACAAGAGAUGAGCUGACGACAUCCGCUUUCCUGACCGUUCAGUUGGAUCGAUCCCUUGGAGGACAGGCUGUGCAGAUCCGAGUCUCCCAAGGCAAAGAGCCUGCUCAUCUGCUGAGUUUGUUCAAAGACAAACCACUCAUUAUUUACAAGAAUGGAACAUCAAAGAAAGGAGGUCAGGCACCUGCUUCCCCUAUACGCCUCUUUCAAGUCCGGAGAAACCUGGCAUCUAUCACCAGAAUUGUGGAGGUUGAUGUUGAUGCAAAUUCACUGAAUUCCAAUGAUGUUUUUGUCCUGAAACUGCCAAAAAACAAUGGCUUCAUCUGGGUAGGAAAAGGUGCUAGCCAGGACGAGGAGAAAGGAGCAGAGUACGUGGCAAGUGUCCUCAAGUGCAAAACUGUAAGGAUUCAGGAAGGCGAGGAACCAGAGGAGUUUUGGAAUGUCCUUGGAGGGAAAAAAGACUACCAGACGUCACCACUGCUAGAAACCGAGGCUGAAGCCCAUCCGCCUCGGCUUUAUGGCUGCUCUAACAAAACUGGAAGGUUCAUUAUUGAAGAGGUUCCAGGAGAGUUCACCCAGGACGAUUUAGCAGAAGAUGAUGUCAUGUUACUAGAUGCUUGGGAACAGAUAUUUAUUUGGAUUGGCAAAGAUGCCAAUGAAGUUGAAAAAUCAGAAUCUCUGAAAUCUGCCAAAAUGUAUCUUGAGACAGACCCUUCUGGAAGAGAUAAGAGGACUCCAAUUGUCGUUAUAAAACAGGGCCAUGAGCCGCCUACAUUCACAGGCUGGUUCUUGGGCUGGGAUUCCAGCAAGUGGUAAAUGGGUUUUUGUAAAAAACAAACAUUAUAGGGCAGCUGUCUGAGCUGUCCCAUUAUUGUUUGGGGGGGCAGGGGAUCUUUUUGUUUGUUUGGCUUUAGAAAAUUAACAUCAGCCAAAUGGCUAUAUUUAAUAUCUGAUAUUGGUUUGAAAUUCUUUGAAACUGGAAUUUUUUUAUGUUAAUAUAUUAAAAUAACCUAAAGUGAGAUUUUGUUAUGGACAAUAUAGCUCUUCUGGAAACUGAUUUAUAUCUUUUUAUAUGAUCUUUUGAAAGUAAAAAGCUGUGCACAAUCUAGGGGAAUUUGUCAAGUAGGAAAUUUUAUAAUUCAGUAGCCAUUAGCCAAACUCGUUUUUUAAUAUUCCAGAGAAGAAAGCUGUAAUGUCUUGGAGGUUAUUCUCUUUUCCAUGUACUGUGUUCAAAAAAAUUGUAUAUUUGCAGUAAGGUUUAUGUCAAGAUGGCUUUAACAAUUUGUCAUUAUUUUCCUUCUUUUGUCAAUAUGACUUCAAUGCCAUUAACUCCUAAGUAUCAUUUCUAAGAGGAACUUUAUCCUUUUUGCCUCUUUAGAAGCCAUUGAAAACACAGUUCUUUGUAUUCUUAUUUACUUCGAUAUGUGUAUUUGACAGUACAUGUUUAAUGUUACAAAAGAUAUGUACAGAAAAACUUCACUAAUGCAGUCUUUCACCAUUAAAAUACAUCUUUUUGAAAAGGU